CAGAGAGUAAAGCCCGAGGAAGUCGAAUUCACAGAUGAUCGCCUGAAGGAUAACUCAUACGUCGGAAAGGGUGGAUCUGAUGAAAUGUCAUACGGCUGGAAGGCACACGUCGACCUGAUCAAGACUCGCGGCGACAAGUUCAGAGCAGAGAAGAAUAAGAAGAAGAGAGGAGCUUACAGAGGUGGUGCCAUUACAUUCGAGAGCCACAGCAUCAAGUUCGACGCAUAG